UAAUGUAAUAAACGUCCCCCCCGGCCAGUUGGCAUCUCCCUCGACGGAGACAUCCGAAAGGGGUAAUCAAGUGGGAAAAUUCUGCUCGAAUUGACGUGGCAUUUUAACCUCUCGAUACAGACCUAGAGCUGGCACGUCACACCCACUUGAAACCCUCGACCACCUACAGAUCAAACGAUAGAUUGAGAGACCAUGGCCGCCUCGAACCCUGCUCAAGCCAGCUCCCAUGCCUCAGCUCCUCCCCCCUUGCCGAAUGAGCCCAUGCCCGAGGAUGAGGAUGGGAACGAUGUCGUCGAUGGUGGUGCAGGAUCUUCACUUCCUGUGGAUCAACCCAUACGAUCGUUGGGAGACGAUGAUGACGAUGAAGAAAGUGAGGACGAAGGAAGCGAUGAGGAUGAGGAGGCUGGCAGUGAGGCAAGAAAAGUUGGAGAUGCGACCGAGGAACAAGAAGAUCCUGCGAGUGGCGUCUCCGCUAAAUCAUCGAAAAAGUCAAAAGGCAAAGGCUGUCUGGUCUGCAGAGCGCAAUGCUUGGUACUUUUGGAACACAGUGACCAGCGAAGUGACCUGGACGAACCCUCUUCAACCAGAAUCUUCGACCUCGUCUGCACCUGCUCAACCUCCAUUACCUCCUGGUCCUCCACCGGAGAGUACCACUCAGCCGAGUGCAUCGUUUGGUAUGCCAGCAGACAUUGAUCCCGAUUUGGCCUAUCUUCUUCCGCCAUCACAACGUGGAGGUUCAGGGGCUCAAUCAUCAGCUCAAACGGCUCUUUUCAACUCUAGAACAGGCCGAUUCACACCUGCCGACUACAGCUACUCGGUGGAUCAUUUGGACGAGUACAAUCGAUCCAAGCGGAUGAACAGUCAUUAUUUCGAUGUCGAUGCUUGGGAAAAACAGAGAGCUGCAGAAAAUGCAAAGCGGAAGAGGGACGCUGAAGCUGGUGUCGAACCUGCCAAGGUCACAAGGAAGGAUAUGUGUCGUCCAGCAACGCUACAAGAAGAAAGCUCAGGAGAAAAAGAUGAGACGAGAGGCCUGGCUGAGGGAGUAGAUUCGAUCACCCGCAGUUCCCUUCCUUCCAUGACAGCGCACCUGCAUGUCGAGAAAACCGCCUUCUAAGCUCUUGGUACAGCGUCCCUGUGCAACAUUUGCAGAUGUAUCCAUGUCUCGUGUUCUAAAUAGCCAAUGGUCCAAAGGAUGAAUUUGGGGCUCCAGGCAUUUUGAA